AUGAGUAACGACGGCAAGAGAUGUGGAACGGACUCCUCGGCGUGCAAUCCACAAGCAAGUAGAAAUGAUGAAUGCAGUCCACGUGGUGGCAGAUGUAACCAAGGGGCAAGUCCAAGUAGAGGCGAACAAAGACGUUCAAAUCCUGACACGUGUCAUCAGGAAAGAGCUUUAGGCGGAGGACAGGAAUCAGUGCCAGCUCCCAAAGGAGGAAGGAAAUCGGACCCAAAGCCAGCCAACUUUAUUACUUCUCCUAAUCCAGGAAUAGGGGAAGUGUGGAAAGCAGGGACAUGCGACGAUGUUCAUGGAUUCAAUCUAGCACGAGGAAGGAAAUCGGAUCCAGCACCUGCAAAAUACAUUAUUUCCCCUAAUCCAGGAAUAGGGGAAGCGUGGAAGGCUGGUACUGCCAAAAACACAAGUGGAUUUUGUAAAACAGAAUCAAGUUUGCCUCGGUUUCGUGAUUCAUCUGAUCCAGAAGGUACAGGAGAGCAGCAGCUGAAUGACUUCCCUUUAUACACUGAAGGACCUGCUCCCGAAACCCAAGACCUGAUUUCGCCUUACCUACUUACGGAGGAUAAAGUGGUUCCGCUUGAACGGAGCGAUAUAGAGGAGGAUUAUGAUUUAACAAAAAAUUACAAGAACGAUUUCCUCCUGAGAAGUAAACUUACUCCUGCACUGCGUGCGGCACUAUUUGACUGGCUAACAACGAUACAAGUGUAUAUGGCUUUCGAUACAACCACCUUACACAUCGCCGCCUUGCUUGUAGACCGCUACACCUGGACUCACAUCGUAAUUGGGAGACAGUACCUCCUGGUUACACUAGCAGCUUUCCUAGUGGCAGCCAAUUUAACCUCCCAAACAUUUAACGAGGCGGAUCUAAUUGAUUUGCUACUUAAAUUAUCUAAUAACACGUUUAAAAAGCUGGAACUCUGUAAUAUGAAUUUAGAAUUGCGGCAGGACCUCGUUUCUGCCCUAUUGCAAGCCACACCACACCAUUUCCUUAAAAACUGCAUGCUGGCAAUGGAUGACGUAUUUACAGAUGACGACAGGAGACGGUUCGUAGCCCUGUGUCUCUAUUGCUUCGAUCUAGGGCUACUUGACUGGGAACUUGCCAAAUAUCCCGCCAGCAUGAAAUGCGCCGCAGUAGUAUACCUUGUCAGGAAGAUUUUGCGGAAUUAUUGCACCUGCUUACAUGGCGGCCUCCAUGACACCAAUAGUGGAUGUGCGUACCACCGAAUAACGCCAUGGUCACCAGAACUGCUAAAAGCUAUUCAUCACGAAGACACGCCUGAAUUACAUGAAGUUGCUAACAUCUACCUGGAGAAGUUGAAUGAGGCCCAAUUUCUAAUCAAUCUUGACACUCCCGAGUUUGUGCCAGAUUGUGCUUCACCAUUUGAGGCUGCAUUCCGUAAACACAGCGAUCCGGCCUACUUGAGAAUAUCAGUAGAAAGAAUUCGAACGAUGCCUUUUAUGAAAACUUAA